GAGGACAGCAGUAGUAGCGAAGUGGGCCCGGAGAACUUAUCGUUACCGAAGCAGCAGUGUCCGCGGGCAGAGUCGCCGGAGUCGCCGCCGCACGGCUACGCGCCCUACCUCCUGCCCCCGUCUAGUCGCUCCAGUCACUUCCAACAGAGGUCGCCCGUCGACACCCUCCUCAGAGUCUUCCCGGGCAGGAGAAGACAGGAAGUCGAGGCCGCCCUCCAGCAGUGCAAAGGCGACGUCCUCUUCGCAAUAGAAAUGAUGGCGGCGUGCCCCGAUCCGGAGAGCCCCCUGCAGCCGCGCUCUGCGUUCUCCCCGCUGGGGCCCCACCCGUACGCGGCGGCGGCGGCCCUUCAGCGGGCCUUCAACCCCCACCACCGGGUCAACCGGAGCUUCCUCGGCCCCCCCUACGCGGGCACCGGGUACCUGCCCACGGUCAUGCGGCCCGACUACCCCUCCCUGCCCCCGCCCCUCGAUCACUUCCUCCCCGACAAGGUCAACGCUUCAUCCCCCGGCUCCGCAUCAGGCUCGGAUAAGACGCUCUACUCCGAGUAGCCCAUCGGAAGAUUCUCACUCCUAUCAGGAUUGAAUUUCAUCCAGCGCUGGAGCGAGCUGGCCUUGAGCGGUCAGGCGCCCUAAAAUUUUGCCAAAAGAACCCUUUUUCGUAGAACUUGAGGGCAUUUGGUGACUUUUUUAGAAAUUAAUCAGAGCGUCUACGAACCCUUUUGAACUUUUCUUCUCUUCAUCAGACGCUCUACUUCUAGUAGCCGAUCGAAAGAUUGUCAUUCCUUGAAUUUCAUCGAGCGCUGGAGCGAACUGGCCUUGAAGGGCCAGCGGCCCGAUUAUUGAAACUAUGUCAGCCCGAUACGACAAGACAUAGCCCUAUCUCAACCAUGCAAUAUAUCGCAAUUCGAUGUCUUAUCGGGCUGGUUUAAAUUUCAAUAAUCGGCCCGCUGGCGCCCUAAAAUUUUGCCGAAAGAACCCUAAUUGAAGGGGCUCUUUUUCGUAGAACUUGGGGGCUUUCAGCGAGUUUUUUAGAAAUCAUCCAGAGCAUCUCCUUUUGAACCUUUUUUCUCUUCACCAGGAAGCACCCCAAAGUCCUUUUCCCUUAAGCUCGAAUAAGACGUUCUACUCCGCGGAGUAGAUCAGGAGAAUGUCACUAGGACUGAAAUUCAUCGAGAGCUGGUUAAGCUCAGUAGCGAACUGGCCUGGUGGACCAGGGACCCUAUAAUUUUGCCAAAAGAACCUUAGGUGGAGGGUACCUUUUCCGUAGACCUUUAGGGCUUCAUUCAGCAAUUUUUAAAAAAAACUCGAACAGAGCCUCUUCAAACCCUUUUGGACCUUUUCUCCCUUUUUGGGCCUAAUGGGCAUACAGGUGGUGCACAAAAGUUCAUUAAGAUGAUAGUCUUGUAUAUAUAACUGUUCUAUUUCCGUUUUAAUUUUUUAUUGUGAUAUAAAACCCCAUUAUUUCAUGUUUAGGUAUUCAUUUACCUGCAAGUAGUGAGAAACGUAUUUUAAAUGAAUGAUUUAUUUAUUGUUUACAUUAAAAGCUAUGUCCUUGUUUUCUUUGUUAGAUUUACUCUAAAGAUGCAUAAAACUAGUCGAUAUUUGGAAACGAAAGAAACAAAUGAAAUCUGGGAGCUCUGUGAUGAUUAUCAUAUUCGGCAAGAAAAACUGUAACUUAAACUCAUAGCAACAACGUCUCAUCUUUCUCAAGAAUUAUUAAUCGAUAACGUUUUAAUGACAUUUAACGACGUUAGAGGAUAAUGCCCACAAUUCAAUAAUAAACUACAUCUCCCAGAAUCAUUCCAAAAUUAUUCAUUUCUAAAUGCAAAGAGGUGUAAUCUUGUAAAAUAGAUAAUCAUGUACAGAUUUAUGUAAGUGUUUUAAUAUUAUACCUCUUUUAUUCUACGUUAUGACUAAAAAUUAUUGAGAAUGUAUAUCCACUUUUAAUUACAUACUGUAUAUGAAUAUUUUGAGCAAUGUGCAUUCCACUUGUAAAUAAAAAACAAAACUUUUAAAUUGGA